GCGGCCACAGCCAUUCUGUCCCGCUGUCGGUGAGGAAGAUGAUGGUGAAUGCGCUCAAACGAAUCAACUACGUAUAAAUCCACCGCUAAUCUUAACGUAGUUGCAGAUUGACUUUUUACAAAUACAUAGCAAAGCCGAGGGUUUCAGAAACAUCGAAAGAUACAGGUCCGGACUCACCAUGACCAACGAGGAGCCUCUACCCAAAAAGGUUCGCCUCAGUGAAUCUGACAUGAAGACCCUGACUAGAGAGGAGUUGUGCACAAGGUGGAAACAGCAUGAAGCCUAUGUCCAAGUCCUGGAGGCCAAAUAUGCAGAUUUAUGUUCCAAUGAUGUAACAGGACUGAAGGAGUCUGAGGAGAAGCUCAAGCAGCAGCAGCAGGAGUCUGCACGCAGGGAGAACAUCUUGGUCAUGCGACUUGCCACUAAGGAACAGGAAAUGCAGGAGUGCACGACCCAAAUCCAGUACCUCAAGCAAGUCCAGCAGCCGAGUGCAGCCCAACUGCGGUCAUCCAUGGUGGACCCAGCCAUCAACUUGUUUUUCCUCAAAAUGAAGACUGAACUGGAACAGACUAAAGACAAACUGGAGCAGGCCCAAAAUGAACUGAGUGCCUGGAAAUUUACACCUGAUAGCCAAACGGGGAAGAAGCUGAUGGCCAAGUGUCGAAUGCUGAUUCAGGAAAACCAGGAGUUGGGCAGGCAGCUGUCACAGGGACGCAUCGCCCAGCUGGAAGCUGAGUUGGCCUUGCAGAAGAAGUACAGCGAGGAGCUAAAAAGCAGCCAAGAUGAGCUGAAUGACUUUAUUAUCCAGUUAGACGAGGAGGUAGAGGGAAUGCAGAGCACCAUCCUUGUCCUGCAGCAGCAGCUUAAAGACACCCGCCAGCAGUUGUCUCAAACUCAAACUUUGGCCGGACCAGGACCCAGCAGGACUUCACCCAAUGAUUCAGGCUCUUUAGCGGAACCAUCCAACCAGCCUGAGCAGGCAAGCGCACCCUCUGAGCCAAUUGGCAAAGACUACAGCAGGGUCUCCAACGGACCAAGCAAUGGCAACUCAUCCCAGAGAAGUGAGACUACUACACCCAGCCUGUAUCGGGAGGUCAGCAGCACAGAGGAAGACUUUCCCAUGUCCCCCAUGGUCUCCAGUCCUGGUGAAGCUGAGACUAAGCUGUCGAACCACUCGGAGGAGGCAUCAGGGACUCAGACUGCAACAGGAAGAGUUGGAGGACCUGUGGGAUUCGGGACCCAGCUGAGUGCAGGUUAUGAGAGCGUGGACUCUCCCACAGGCAGCGAGACAUCUUUGACUCAGCACUCGAAUGACACGGACUCCACCACUGACCCUCAUGAGGAUAAGGCUGCCCACGUGACCAAGGGCACCAGGACUGCAGGGUCACGUCAUGCUCAGAACGGCCUGGACUCCAGCACAAGUGACAGUGCAGCUUUGUAAUGUACUAUGACACGUAAAUUUUGUUUUUUAAUUUUAUACAGUACACAAGGCAACAAGUACAUAGUCUGUAAUGGCACCACUGUCAAUGCAUUUAUGUUUUCACCCUCCCCUGCCUCUAGUGAAACCUCUGUCAAAUUUGUGUUGCUAAAUGGAGACGUGGUUAAUGUCACACCUGACCUGCGUGGUUGUAUGAUUAAAAUGGUAUGUGUCAUUCUGCUGUUUAUUUAAGCGUGUCUAUGCUGUUCUUGUUUGAGCUCUUGACACUAAAAUCAGGCAUCUGGUGUUGUAACUCACUGUCUGAAGUCAGUAAAAUCACUUGCAGUAGCUUCACAAAUUCAAGAGGGUCAUGUUUUUUUAGAUGUUGGCCUGUGUUUUUUUAAACAGUUUUAAUUUUUCAUUAACAAAAAAAUUUGUUCAGGAGCUUCUGUUGAAUUGUGAGUAGUUUAUAUGCAUUGUUCAUAUUAUUCUGACGUGAGUCCUUUUCAUGUACUGACCAAAUAUCAAUAAAGAUUUUUAAUACUA